AUGAUCAUGUUUUACAAUAUUUUGAGGAUAGUAUGGAUAUCAUAUCUGAGCAAGUUAAACAUGUGGGGAACAAUGGUUGAUUUAAAGAGUAAUGUUUUCCAAAUCAAGAUCCCGACAAGACAUCGGCUUUUAUUUAGCAAACCUGACAUCUCCACUUAUAUCAGCGAAUAUCUAGUUAACGAAUGUAUGUCAAAUGAUUUAUUGCUCAAUUUCGACCCAAAAUAUGGCUUGGUUAUAGAAGCCUGGGCAUUAACUUGCAACAAAUAUCACGAGUCAAUCAAGGGUCUAGAAAUUGGACAGCUACUUCACAAACAUGGCUUUAAUGCUUGUUUGAUCGAUGAAAUUUUGUUCGUCUAA